AUGCCACUGGACUCAUUCCCACCGGAAAUUAUCUCCAUCGUUGGAAACCAUAUAGCGUCGAUAAACGACCUUUUCAACUUCCUUCGAUCUAAUCGAUGCCUCUAUAAUGUCCUUAUCAAUAGCCUUUAUCGCAGGAAUGCCAAAGCUGAUGGUGGAUCUGCUCUUGUGUGGUAUGCAAGCCAAGGGAGCGAGGCUGGAAUUCGGAGCAUGCUGGUCGCUGGUGGGAAUAUCAAUAUUCGAGAACCAAAGCAGGCCCAAUCCACAGCUCUGAUGGAGGCUGUACGUCACAAUCAUACCGCUAUUGUGAAAGUUCUCCUGGAGAAUGGAGCUUUGCCUGAUGCAGCGGACCUUCACUCCAGAAGACCAUUAACUUUAUCGACAAGUGCACGCAGUGAGGUGGCUAUUACCAAGUUGCUUCUGGAUCAUGGUGCUAAUAUCAACCUUGUUGCAUUUGAUAAACGGGCACCACUGGUGGAAGCUAUACGGUCUAACCAGGAUGCCAAGGUGAAAUUGCUUUUGGACCGUGGAGCCGACAUUCAUAUCACCCACAGUCGAGAUGCAAUGAGCCCGUUGCACGUUGCGGCCGCAAGAAACGCCAAACCCGCAAUCAUCAAGGUGCUUAUGGCCGUGGAAGGUCCCCCCUUCAAGUAG